AUGGAAUCCCUAACGUUUGAGUCACUAUCCAAUGAGCUUUCACGCAUGCAGAUUCAAAUCCUUCAAAGACUAAAGGCACCUGCGGCGGUAGGCAUGGAAGCUGUUCGGCUUAUACGCGGAAAUUCAUAUUUAAUCGAACCAGAUAAAAAAAAUAUGCCCUUUAUAGUGCCGUUUUUACGAAGCUGCGCUUCGAUUUUCAGACACAUAUCUCCUUCUAUGGCGUUACCAGCCCUUGAAGCACUAGAUAUUACCCACCGCGUCGCCAAAUCUUACAUCAUGAACCGUCUUGGGGAUGUUAAUGAGUCCACCUCGGUGUUGCGAUCUAUCAUUGCAUUGGAUAAAUGUGAAAACGAAUUGAACAUCAGCCAUAUCGGUCCUGAAUCAUCAAUUCAAUGUAUCAUGAACUAUGGAGUAUUGCUGCGCUCGGCGCACGAAGCUUCGAUGGACAAGUGGUAUAACGACUGCGCAAAUGCCUACACGAUAACCGUUAUCACACUCAUCCAUGCCACAAGUCUGAUAUUUGCCCGAAACUUCAACUUUCAUUCUUCCAACACAGAUAUGAUUAGCCUUCUGCCGAUGAAAAAUAAAAUCGAUAUGGAGGCCAAGUUGCAGCGUUGUGUAGGUGCACGCGAACUUUUAAUUCACUUACGAAGUAUGCAAUUCAACCACAUCGACGCCGCGAUGUCCAUCAGCACACUGGCGGAGAUUGGUUUGUAUGAUGAGGAGGUGUGCAAUAAAAGUUGUGAUGUCCUCCAUUCUUACCAUACCUUGGUAUCGAAUUCCCAGAUAUCUGAGAUCAUUUACAAUCUUGGGGUUCUUCAGCAUCGCCAUAUCCAUCUGAGGUUUUUUUCCGAUCUUAUGAACGCCACCAAAUGCAAUGCAAACAGUGUCCUACGCCACAUCCAAGGUCUGGCGAUGCUGCAGCUCCCGCCCUCGACGCCGCGCUCGGUGCUGGAUGGGAUUUUUCUGCAUGCCCUUCGAUCACAGCCGCGGCGGCAUUUACCCAACAAAACCCCCUCUUUGGAUCCCAUGUCGAGCGGUUUACAGGCGAAUUACACGUCGUACAAAUUGCCGCCCUUGUGGUUCGUCAAUGUCGCCCACGCCUUGGCGUGUUUGAAUAUCAAGCACCACAAAUUCAUGCUCAUGACGGCGCGCCAAUCCCAUUACAGCGUCAAUUCUUUUUCUACAAAAGAGAGCUGUAAGCUCUUGUAUGGCAUCGGGGGCGUUCCUUUUGAAGAGAUACCCGAGGAUCUGCGGAACUCAUGGACCUCGAGGGUAGUCUCCACACUUCAGAAAACCAUUGAUAAACUAAGGGAAAUUAAACUAGAAGACGGGGUGCAGGUAAUGCGUGCGCUUCAGUACUGCGGUGUGGUGGAUCAUCCGUGCAUUCCCGUAGUCGAAAAGAUCAUGAAAGAUAAAAAUCCUGUGGAUGCCAUCCUGAAGUCGUGGUCGUUGUCCUCGAAGGAGCACAUUAUGGGUAUUACGGAGCGUUUAGACUCCAACCAACUGGACAACUCGCCGCCGUCUAUUAUGACCAGGGCAAAUGAAAAAUGUCCCCUGGAGUUGUCGUACAGUUUUCUGGAUAUCAACGGCUCAGAAAUGAACAUUGACGAACUUAUAAACACCAUAAAGGCUUUACAGCAAAUAAAAUCUUUUGGGAAGUCUCACAAUUUGCUUUACGAUUUGGUUAAUUGCCUUCGAAGCCGCCUGGGUGAGCUAAACAACGCACAGUUAGAGCAGUAUCACGCUCUCAUCAAAAGUCUCGGGGCAUGA